CUGAUAACAUGUUUUUCAGCACCUAUUAUAACGGAAAAAACCACUUUACAAUUGGAAGAUAUCAUUCGGCAAAGAAUAAAGGACAAAGUUUUUGACAGUGUAGUAAGAAAAGCGAAACCGAUUGAAACUCCACUGGAAUUUAAAAAGAAAUUGGUAUUAGAUCAGGAAAAAAGCAAACACUCCUUGGCUCAGAUUUAUGAAAAAGAGUAUCUCGAAAAAGAGGCAGCUCUGGACCCUUCGUCCGCUGAUAAGGAAGAGGAAGAACCUGAAUUACACAAGGAAGUGAGAAAAAUGAUGAAAGAAUUAUUCAAUAAAUUGGAUGCUCUUUCAAACUUCCACUUCACCCCAAAACCAGCAGUUCCAGAGCUUCGAAUUGUCAACAAUCUACCUGCCAUCAGUAUGGAGGAAGUUGCACCUGUAACUGCAAGUGAUGCCGCUCUACUUGCUCCAGAAGAAAUUUGUAACAAACCAAAGGGAGAUCUCAUAGGUAAAACAGAGAGAACACGGGCUGACAAAAAUCGCGAAAGGAGAAAAAAGAAACAAAAACAAAGGGCUCAUCUCAAAAAUAAGCAGAUCAACAAGAAUAUGCUUGUAAAGGAAAAAACUCUCAAAGGAAAGAAAGGAUUUGAUAAACCAUCUAAAAACAGCAAUAUUGAAAAGAUGGACGAAACUUCAAAGAAAAUCAAAUCAUCGAAAUCAUUUUUCUCUGAACUUCAACAACAAGUUCAGAGUCAAAUAAGUGAAAAAGUUGCUGACAAAAAAAGGAAAAAGAGCACAAAUCAGUUGGAAGCAAAGAGGCUCAAACUUUAGAUUUGUUGUGUACAUGUUUUUUUAUUAUAUUGUUAGAUUCAAUAUA